AUGAGCCGCAGCAGCAGCAGAAGCAGCCGUGCCAUGGGUCGCCCCGUCUCGGGCGAGCUUUCUGGCAGCAUCUACCUGAUCGCGUCCGAUGGCCAGACGCUCAAGCUACCCAUGCCCAGCAAUUCCCCAUAUGACCCUCUGGGCUGGGGCUUGCCCAGGCGCGUCCUCGCCAUGGGCGUUCUCAUACUAUAUUCAAUCGUGUCCAUCAUGGAGACGCAAGCUGCCAGCCUGAUGUAUCCCUCUCUUGCUGCAGAAUUCGACGGCAAGACCGGCAACUUCCCGAUGAACAUACUUGUUUCAACGCCGAGCACACUCUCUCUCGGUAUCGGAGCUUUCCUGUGGAUUCCCCUGUCGGUGGCUGUCGGGAGACGGCCCGUAUUCUUGCUUGCGUCGUGCUGCCUGACUUUGGCCACUGUUCUGGCGGCGAAUGCCUCGGGGUUCUACCAGCUUCUCGGAGCUUUGAGUUUGCAGGGGUUCUCGGCAGGACUGGGCCUUAGCGCGUCGCUGCUGGCAGUCAUCGAUCUCACCUUCAUCGAUGAGCGCCCCCACGCACUCGGCAUCUUAUGGAGCCUUAGCGGUUCCGGCGGCCUCUUGUCUCUGACAAGCGUACCGGCCCUUAGCGCGUCCGGAUGGAGGGGCUUCUACUCUGCCUGGAUCUUCCCCUGCUUGGCCGUCCUCGUAUGCGUCUUUGUCUUCCUCCCUGAGACGUACUUCGUCCGACCGGUCGUUGCCUUUGACGGUCGUAUUCUCGUGCAAGGUGGGUCGGAGAAGAUUCAGAUAUACGACGGCUGGGAACAGACAGUUGGUGAGGGGCCAGACAACGCGGCGCGGCAGGAACCCGCCCCCGAGACGCUGUGGCAAAGCAUUGUUCGAAAAUGGGGAGUCCAAAAGCGCGGCGCGGGCUUCAAGGAAAUGGGAACCUGCUACGUUCAGACGAUGUUGUGCGCAUGCAACCCCCUCGUCUUUUGGGUCGCCGUUCUCAACGCCCUCAAUGUUGGGGCCGUGCUUCUCAUCGGUGAGACCUAUGCCGUUGUCAUGGCGCAGCCGCCCUAUAGCCUUCCCCAGCGUGUCAUCUCCAUGGUCAGCCCCGUCUCGGCCGUCGGCUCGCUGCUUGCCUGGCCAGUGUCGGCCAUCCUGACGUCGCGGGUGGCUCGCCGCCUGACGCUCCGCAACGGCGGAGUCCGGGAUGCAGAGCACUACCUCAUCGCCUUUCUCCCUCCCGUCCUCGCCGGCGUGACAAGCGUCGUCUUGUACGGGUUGGCCGUUCACUACGAAUGGAACUUCAUCUGUAUCUUUGUGUCCUACGCCAUCAACGCCUUCAGUGCGGCGGCCUUCGGCAUUGCUUCGACCCUCUGGGUCACAGAGGCAUUCCCUCGCUGGGCCGCACCCGCCAUGGUCAUCGUCGGAGGAGCGGGAUAUCUGCUGAGCUUCGCGACGUCCUCCACUAUCACGCCAUGGCUUGAUUCACAGGGAUACCUGGGUGCCAGCCUCGAAUAUGGCGCCAUUCUGCUGAUCGUGGGAGCUGUUGCCCUACCGCUUGCUUUCUGUGGAAAGAGCCUGCGGCAGUACAUCCACGGCAGAUGGGGGGCGUCGGAGGCUGGAGCGUUGCGACCACAAUAA